AUGGGCUCUCUGCAGAACCCCCCCCGGAAGCCUCUGGACAUGACCGUCCUGGGGUUGAAUUCAGGGACGUCUAUGGACGGAAUCGACUGCGCACUAUGUCGUUUCAGACAAGAAUCACCUGAAGCUCCCAUGCACUUUGAGCUUUUGAAAUACGACGAAGUGCCUCUGGAACAGGGAAUCAAGAAGCGCGUGAUGCGAAUGAUUCUCGAAAAUUCUACCACACCAGAGGAAUUAUCCGAGGUCAAUGUCCUUUUGGGAGAAACAUUUGCCGAUGCUGUCAAGGAAUUCUCUUCAAGGCACAACAUUGCGCUGUCCUCGAUUGAUGCGCUCGGCUCGCAUGGACAGACUAUUUGGCUGCUCAGCAUGCCUGGACCAGGCCAGACAAAGUCGGCCUUGACAAUGGCAGAAGGCAGCAUCUUGGCCUCACGAACAGGAAUCACCACUGUCACAGAUUUCCGAGUUUCUGACCAAGCGGCUGGUCGCCAGGGUGCUCCGCUCAUCGGCUUCUUUGACUCUCUGGUUCUGCGCCACUCGACCAAGCUUCGCGCCUGUCAGAACAUUGGCGGCAUUGCCAAUGUGUGUUUCAUCCCCCCAGACGUCAAUGGCGAGAUCAAUACAGAAUUCUUCGACUUUGAUACCGGGCCCGGCAACGUCUUCAUCGACGCCGCGGUGCGUCACUUCACCAAUGGAGAGAGAGAAUACGACAAGGAUGGCGAGAUGGGCAAGGCCGGCAAGGUCGACCAAAAAAUCGUCGACAAGUUUCUCGCGACGCAUCCGUACUUUUCCCUAGAUCCCCCCAAGACCACAGGGCGCGAGGUCUUUCGCGAUACAGUCGCUCACGCGCUCAUCGACGAGGGCCUCAAAAAGGGCCUCUCCCCCGACGACGUCGUCGCGACCAUUACGCGCAUCACCGCACAGGCGAUUGUCGAGCACUACCGGCGCUACAUGCCGACGCAUCACGGCCCGCUGGCGGAGAUUUACAUGUGCGGCGGCGGCGCGAGGAACCCCAACAUUGCGGACUUUAUGCAGCAGGCCUUCCCGGAGACGAAGAUCGUCAUGCUGGACGUUGCGGGCAUUCCGUCAGACGCCAAGGAAGCAAUCACAUUUGCUUGGCAGGGGAUGGAGGCCAUUGUAGGGCGAAGCAUCCCAGUGCCGUGGCGGGUGGAAACGAGGAGGGAGUAUGUUUUGGGCAAGCUACAGUUCGAGCUUUGGUCGUGCACCCUCGAGGCUGUCGCUAUGUACUGGCCCAUUGGAACGCCGCGCAUCUACGCUACGAGUAGCAAUCGCGCGUCCGGAUCCCGCCUGUUCGUCUCGUACGAUGGCGUCUCCGGUCCAGACGAGACGGAGCCCGAGCCCGUAAAGGAGGACAACGGCGCCGAUGCCACCCCCCCUGCGACGCCCGCGACGCCCGCGAUCCAGUCUGUCGAGUUUGGCGACGGACCUCCCGAGAUCUCGUCGCAGAAUGACGAGCAGACAAUACCCUUAAAGGACCCGGUCUUGGCGCUCCGCGUCUCGCGCUCCGGCAACUUGUUUGCUGUCAUCACCGCGACGUCCAUCACGCUGUGGCAGACCAAGCCUACGGUAGUUUUAGCCGUCGUUGUCCGAUCGGAAUCCUCCCUUCAACUCUACGGCCGAAACGUCGACCUCCUUCUCCGGCCCGAUUCCGCGAUCCUCGUCGUGCGCACCAGCGAGGGGUACCUCAUUACAUACUCAAUUGCCACCGACGGCGAGUCGCGCGUAUAUAAAUCACAUUUCCCAAACUACCACAACGUACAACGACGCCGGCAGAGCCUCGUUGGGCCGCAGACUGGGUUGCGGCCGGAGCAGUACCUGUGGGGUCCCGGCGAAGGCACUGGCGUUUUAGACGUGAGUGUGCGAUUUCGCAUGGUGAUCAAAGUCGAUGCGGGCAUCGAGUCGGCCCUGGCGCUGGACGAUGAAUUGAUUGUUGCUACUACAAAACCUGCUGCCGUGCAAUGCAUCCGGUGGACGCCGGACAGCACGGGCAGCCAGACGCGCACCGAGAUCCUGAGUCGCAUGGGCUGGGUUGGGAAGAAGGUCUCCAUAACGGAAAUGACACACGACCGACCAAUGAACCUGUCGACAUGGAUCACGAGCGACGGUCGAGUUUACGCCGUGCAGCGACACAAGAGCACGCCCGAAGACGACGACCCCAAGAAGCUGUUCAAAGGCCACUGUUUUCACACACCCGAGGGGGACCGCGGACAUGCGGCGCAUGCCGUCAUCAAUGCCCGUUUCUCCCUGAUUGCUGUUGGCUGCAGUGACGGAACUGUCCAAGUAUAUUCGGUCCGGGACUAUUCCGGCAACAUCACACUAUCGCACAGCCAAGUCAUUCCCGCCACGACGUCAACUGCUGGGGUCCUUACCAGCCUCAGCUACUCUCCGGAUGGGUAUUGCCUCUUUGCAGGCUUUGAAAACGGAUGGGCGACGUGGAGCAUGUUUGGAAACCCCGGCAGCCAUAGCUUCAGCGCCGAGCGGUCUACUGCGGAUGAGCCCUGGCUGUCGGGAGUAGACUGUGCGUCGUGGGUAGGCGGAGGCUCCGAGAUUCUCAUGAUUGGGCGCCAAAACGAAGCCAUUUGGUCUUUGGAAAUGGCAAAGAGCGCUGUUACAGGCUGCUACAACGAUGCCAACGUGUUCCGCACAGUUUUGCAAACAUCCACAGGCAUCAUGGUCUACCGCGGCUACGAUCUUCCAGACAUGACAUCCAUCUCGGCAGAGCCAUUCCUGUGGCACACAGCCAGGAUCCCGGCCCCUUAUCUACUCCAUCACUGGCCGAUAAAGCAGGCCGUCAUUUCCCCAGACGGAAGAUAUGUGGCAGUGGCUGGCCGCAGGGGCCUGGCCCAUUAUAGCGUGAACAGUGGCAGAUGGAAGACGUUUGCCAAUGAAGCACAAGAAAACGAGUUUCAGGUGCGUGGUGGCAUGUGCUGGUACCAGCACAUUCUGGUUGCCGCCGUCGAAGGCAACAAAUCACAUGAAAUCCGCCUGUAUUCGCGCGAAACGGCGCUAGAGUCGUCGCAAGUCCUCUAUACACAAAAAGUUCCCGCUCCGGUAGUGCUGGUCACCACUUCGGGUCAAGAUUCCCUACUCGUCUACACAUACGAAAACCUCCUCUACCACUUCAUAUUCACCCCGUGGUCCGACUCGGUGCGCCUGGUGCAAGUCGGCCAGAUUGCCUUUCACGGCAUCGUCCGGUCCCCUGCUCGCGUGCGCGGCCUGAGCUGGAUCCUGCCCGAGAGCCAGCUCGUCGAUGGCGACCCUUCCCAGGACGUGGCCGUCGCCUCCGUCAUCUUCCUGGUGGACGGCAAGCUGGUGUUGCUCAGCCCGUCGCUCAACGACGAAGGUCAGCUCAAGUACGACAUGCGCGUCAUUGCGCAGAAUGUCGAGUACCACGCUAGCAUGCGCGACCAGCCGCUGCUCAACGUGGCGCGCGACGAGAACCACGGGCCGCCUGCGCUGCGCAACUCGCUGUGGGUGUUUGACGGCAUGCAGGUCAAGGGUUGGGGUAGCAUCGACGACGUGCUGAAUGCGGCGUCGGACGGCACCAAGGAACUGCCGGCGCCGGUAUCGUUCCCCGUCGACUUUUAUCCGCUGUCGAUGCUACUGGAAAAGGGCAUUAUUCUCGGCGUCGAGUCGAAUCUUGUACAGCGACGCGAUGUAAACUUUUCAUUCUUCCGCUUCACCAUCCGAACGCAUCUUGUAUUGCCCGACGUCCUGCGCUUCUACCUGCGCCAAGCCAUGACGGCAGAGGCCGUCACGCUGUCCGAGCAGUACCAAGACCUUGCGUACUUUUCGCACGGGCUGGAGAUCCUCCUGCACCGCGUCCUCGAGGACGAGUCCGAGUCGUCGCCGCCGCCCGAGGAGGCGGUGCUCCCGCGCGUGCUCUCGCUGCUGUCGUCGUCCAAGGACUACCUGGACGUGGUGCUGCAGUGCACGCGCAAGACCGAGGUGCGGCAGUGGAAGACGCUGUUUGCCUACCUGCCGCCGCCGCAGGAGCUGUUUGAGGAGUCGCUGCUGCGGGGCUCGGUCAAGACGGCCGGCGGCUACCUCAUGAUCCUGUACACGAUGGAGGAGCGGCGAGGGGCGCUCGGCAGCGGCGGCGACGGCGACGACGACCAGCCGUCGUCGUCAACGACGGAGCAGAGCGUGCGCGUGCUGACGCGCGCCAUCCGCGAGGCCGACUGGGAGCUGUGCAAGGAGCUGGCGCGCUUCCUGGCCGCGCUGGACAACACGGGCGAGACGCUGCAGCAGGUCAUGAAGAUGGCCAACAUGGCCGCGGCGGUGGAGACUAGGCAGAACGGCGACGGCAUUGGCUCGCGGCUCGAGAUACCGUCGGGCCUGCUGCUGGGCCGGCCGCGAAUACCGAGUGACGGGACAGAGUCGGAUAGACGGUCCGUGAGCGAGGGAAGCAUGGGAUCGACAAUCAGCCCGAUCGCGAGCCCGUAG